GGCAGUACAAUGUAGUGUUGCUAAGCGUUUCAAGCGCGAAAGUCCCGUUCAAAAAAACUGGCAGAGCCAAGCUCAAUCUCAAAUUUAAAGCAGAUUAAGUGAAAAUGUUUGUCAAAAUCAAAUUUGAGCCAGGCUGUGGCAAGCCGAAUUUCUUCUCAUUGGAAGACAAUGCCACAAUUCAUGAUUUGAAAAUCAAAAUGGAGUCAAUCAUUGAUAUACCGGCGGAUUGCCAAGAGAUUCACACUUUGUCCACAUCGCUGGAGAAUAGUGUUGUGCUCUCUUCUAUGGUGCAGCCGAAUGAUACAAUAUCGAAGACUCCCGCCGUAAAUGACAGUGGAAUUGGGAUCAAUGGCGCCGCUAUAUCCCUAUAUAGUAACAACAAAUUCAUUUGCUUCCUGCAGUUUUACAACGAGAUUGAAGGUAAUAUACAGGGGAAUUUCUUCGAUCAGGUCGAGGGUGACAAUGGAAAACCACGUAAAUUGCCACCCAUUGAUCAGGUGCCUCAAUAUAUUGAAACUCUGGACACUGACUCUUGCCCAUCGACGUGUUCUAGUAGCAGCAGCACUUCCGACAGUUCUGAUAGCCUCGAAGGAUCUGCCAGCGAUGAAAGCGGUUCGGGAAUCUCAAUAAAGCGUAAACGAAAGUUUACCCAAGAUUCGACCUCAUCCAAAAGGGUUUGCAAUGCAUUAUCGGAAGAUCCCAAGCCACAAAUUCAGGCGACAUGCGCCAAGGUUAUCGAAUGUCCCAAAAAGUCACCAGAGAAGUGCUCCAAGUCCAAUGAGCCGACGUUCUCCCCGUUGUCGUCUUCGACGCCGUUGCCGCCUCCUUAUGUAUGUGUCGAUCCAGAACAUCGUCAUCUCAUGCUGGUCAUCAGCACAGAUUUGCCCGAUAAGGAUUUCAGUGGCCUACUCAACUAUUUCUAUACCCUGUUCGAGACCUCUCAGAAUUGUAAUCGCUUUCAGUUCAAUGAGAAGCACUCGGUGGACAAAUUCGAUGACAAAUUGUGGUUGACAUGCGCCAACAAGGAUACCUUCGAAUGGGUAACCCGCAGUCUAAGCUCUCUAAGCAGCUAUAAGUCCUCAUCCUUUGUGGAACAUUUCAAUCUCAUUGACUGUAGCAUCGUUUUGCCAAAAGUUGUCAAAAAUAAGCCAUUGGCCAGUGUUUUCCAACUGCUAGAACUCCAAAAUUCGGGUCUGCACACAGGCAAAUGGUGUGUGUUGCAGCGGAAGACGCUACUGCCCACCUCCGAAGAUUACAAGGAAAAGGCGAUUACCUAUAUUUGUGACAAUGAGGAGGUCCUACUCCGGAUUGAUCAAGACUCUAUGGAUUUUCUAAAAACAAAAGAAUUUAAAUUAAAAUAUUGUUUUUGGACCAUUCAUUUUCCGCUGUUGUAAACUUUUAAUGCAAAAUCAAAUUGUUAUGAAUAAAAAUCGUUUGUUAAAAAAUGUUCCCAGUGAAUGUAAAUUAAUCGAUCCUAGAGAGAGAG